CACAGACACACGUUCACCCGUCCUCUUAGCAGCUGCCUGGUGGAUUCUGCACAAGACUGCUGAUUCAGCAGUUCAGAUGAACACUUCACUGUUGCUGGUGUUGUGGGUACUAGGAGCACUGGGGAUGUCUCCAGGCUCUGACCCAGAGACUGAUGACCCCACGGAGAAGCCCAUUCCAUGUUCCAAGGGCUGCACCUGCCUUCACGACCACUACACCUCUGAGCUCAACGUCUACUGCAGCACGCGCAACCUCACCCAGGUUCCCUCCGAUGUGCCGCUCUCCACACAUUCCCUGUGGCUGGACGGCAACCUGUUCACUUCCCUAUUGGCCGCCUCCUUCAAGGACCUCAGCAACCUGGACUUCCUGAACCUGCAGAGCGGCCAGCUGUCCACCAUCGAUGCCCAGGCUUUCCGGGGGCUCCGCUCACUGGCUCACCUUCACCUGGAGCGCAACCGCCUCCGUUCUGUCCCUGCCACUGUCUUCCAAAACACGCUGAGCCUUGCUUCCCUCAGCCUGCAUAACAACCAGCUGAUGCGCAUUGAGGAAAGGCUGUUUGCCAAGCUUUCAAACAUGUGGCUGCUCAAUCUGGGCUGGAAUUCACUGGCUGUGCUGCCUGAAAAUGUUUUCCAGGACCUCCAGGGCCUCCGGGAGCUUAUUCUGGCGGGGAACAGGUUGGCCUACCUGCAGCCACAACUCUUCCAUGGUCUGACUGACCUCAGGGAGCUGGACCUAACAGGAAAUUGCCUAAAGGUUAUCAAGGCUAAUGUAUUCCUCAAGCUUCCAAAGCUGCAGAAGCUCUAUCUGGCCCAGAAUCAGAUUGUUACUGUGGCACCCAGGGCUUUUGUGGGCAUGAAGUCCCUCCGUUGGCUGGACCUGACAAACAACCGGCUCACCGAUUUACACGACGAGACCUUCUUGGGACUGCACAGCCUGCACGUGCUGCGGCUCUCCAAUAACUCCAUCGCCACCCUGAGACCCAGGACCUUCCGUGACUUGCAGUACCUGGAGGAGCUCCGUCUCAGCCACAAUCGGAUAAGAGCGCUUGGGGAGAGGAUCUUUGAAGGCCUGGGUCACCUGGAGGUGCUGGAGCUUGAGCACAACCAGGUCCAAGAGGCGAGGAUGGGGACCUUUGUGGGCCUGUCUCACGUGGCUGUGAUCAAUCUGUCUGGCAGCUGUUUCCAGACUCUUCCCGACCAGGUCUUCAAGGGCCUCUCGAAGCUCCACAGUCUUCACUUGGACAAAAGCUGUCUCGCCAAGGUCUCCACCCAAGCAUUUGUCGGACUGACAGGGCUACGGCGACUCUUUCUCCAGCACAACAACAUCUCCGUGGUGGAGCGCCAAAGCUUUAUGGACCUCCAGGGCCUUCAGCAGCUGGACCUCAGGUUCAACCGGCUGGAGUCCCUGUCCUCCCACACCUUCUCCGGCCUGAAGAACCUGGACUACCUGCUGCUGUCUGGCAACCAGCUCCAGCAGCUUCCCCCCGAGUCCAUGCUUCCCCUGAAGCGCCUCUCCUGGCUGGACCUGUCCGGCAACAACCUGGAUUCCCUGCAGAACGACACCCUGCAGCUGCUCCCCAGGCUGCGCUACCUCAACCUGAAGGACAAUGCCUUCAGCAGCCUUCCCUCAGCCAUUCCCGACAGCUUGGAUCAGCUGUGGCUCACGGGUAACCACUGGCAGUGUGACUGUAGCGCCAAGUUCCUCCGGGACUACAGUCUGAGCAAGCCACUGGUGGUGCCCCGGCAGGUGGAGACCCUGGUGGAGGGAGAGGAACCGCACACUGUGAUCAGUAUCUACAACAACAUCACCUGCAGCAGCCCUCCCAGCCUGGCCGGCACUGACCUGAGGGACGUCAGCAGCGAACACUUCCACAACUGCUGAGCCCCCUUAAACACAUGUGCCACAGUAGGAGCUGGUGGGUGCAGGACGAAUCUCUUUUUCUGUCGUCCAUGAUAAAAUAUACAAGGCUUUCUUGUUGUUCUCUGUCGCUGUGGUUCUCCGAGAUUGCUGUUUUAAUAUUUUUUUCUACAACCUCGCUUGUUUCCAUCCAUACUCCCUGUUGCUAAGCCAUAAGAACAGGACAGAAACCCAUUUAAAUGAACAAAACAGGCCAUUUCUCUCAUCUUGCCAUCAUUUUGCCCCUGUUUAUACUAAUGAGACUUUAACUACUGUUGUAGUUGCCUGCACUUGGAUUGAGAUAAAGGAAUGACUUUGUAACAAAGGAAAGCUUUGACAAGUUGGGAGUUUCUUUUGGUUCAAAGAGACGAUUGUCAUCAGCAAUGUUACCUGUCAGCUUUGCAGAAAGCAAGUUUCAUCAAAAGAUGGGUAUACAACAGCCCCUCAUUCUUGCUUGUAAAUCAAAUCCUUCGCAGUUCACACAAUAUGGGGGCAGGUACAGCUAUGGCUGCAUAUUGCAAAAUGAGACAUACCGAAUUGAUACCUUACAGUUAUUUAUCUUAUUUAAAAAUAAACAUUUAAAAUGUCCUUUUCAAGAUUCAUUAUUUGUUGUAUAUUGUAAGAUUAGUGUAGCGAUAAUGUAUUUAACAUGGCAAUAUAGUGAUAAUUCAAAGUGAAAGUUGUCACCCUACUACAAAGUUUAAUAAACACCCCUACCCCUACUCUCCAUGAUUGCAGAAUAUAUUAUAUAGCAAUAUUUUCACAAAAUGGACUAUAGGAAAACACGGAUAUCACACAACCCUAAUCUCCAUGGACACAAAUCAUUUUUGACUCACUGACUCUCAUAGUAUGAUUUUUAAUCAGGAUUAAUUUACACUUGAUAGAUGAUAGAUGAUAGAUUCCACAUUUGAACAAAAUGCAUGUAAAACUGGCAAUCCUCUUUCUUACGUGUUGAUACUUUAAUGCCCAGGUGUCAGACCCACAUAGAGAUAAAAUACCCUUUUCUGCUAAGCCUGUUUCUAAUAAAUUUAGAUCCAAUAGCCAGGCUAUUUUUAGACAUUCUCCAAAAUAUAGUGGUGCGGGUGUUGGAGCCAAGACUCAAAUAUGUGAGUGUCCAACAAACCAAAAUGUCAACAGAGAACCCACUGUGACAGAACAUCAAAUACAAGCCAUGCUUUGCAGUUGAUGAAUAUCCACAUUAACAACAUCAUGGCUUUGUUUGGUUCCAAACCUUUACAGAGGGCACAAAUUCAAUAGAAAUUAAUGCUUUAAAUCACAUCUGCCACAAUUAUCAUUUGGAUAGUUAUCCUAUGAUACUGUUAUCAGUAAUGAAUGUCAUGAAACUGUUCACUGUGAUUCCUUGUGCUAUUCACAGCUCUGCACAAAAUGAUAAGUAUCAGUGCAUUUACAUAAGAACUGAUCUAAAC